AUGGAUGGCGACUCCUCGAAAGUUCCAGAGCAAUCUAUCCACGUUCCACUAAAGUGCUCCCUUCCAUGUGAUUCUCGAAGCCAAAUACACAAAUCCAGAUUAGAAAACCAAGACACACGAUCAUUCUUUCAGCAGGUAGAUUAUGCCGAACGGGACCUUGAUCUUCUUCUCUGUCGUAGCAAAAGACACAUAGACAAGACUAUUUCUGUGGUGCAUCAUCAAACCGAGCGGCUGCGACAGCUGAUGUUUGGGCAGAUGGUGACGGCAAUCAACCAAAAGGUGGAGUUGUCUCGCUUACGGGCACAGCAGGCAAAGAAGUUGGGCGGGCGGAAACGUGCUACCGACAUGACCGCCGCUGACUGCCAGCAACAUGCACAAACCCAGGUAGACCUCCUUAAAAUGCAGACUAGUCCGGAAGAGUUCUUGCAGCGGAUCACCAAGAGGAGCUCUGCUUACAUGUACCAACAAGAUAGCGACAUAGAUAGAACAACCCGAGCUCUUGCGAGUUGCCGCACUAGGCUCGACAAGCUGGACUUUCAGUUCAUGGGACCAUGUCCACGGAACGGUUUAUCGGAUAAAGAGGUCAAAGAAGAGCUGCGCGGCCUAUUUGACUCUCUAUAA